AUGGAGGCCAGGGAUGGGUACAGCUUCGAUGUUCACCCAGAAGGGGAUAUCUGGGAGCAGGAAACAGACAUGGUCGACAGAGUCAACAGUUUCCUCUCAUCUGUACCCCAGUGUUUUCCGAGCCUCUCCACUCCUCCACGUGAUGCAAAUUCUCCAGUGGGAGAGUUCUCACGGGAGGCCUGGCCUACGAGGUUUAACUUUCAGGGAUUCUGCUGAAUGAAAGCCAUGAUCCACAUGAACAAGGAGAUUAAUAAGAGGAAGGACAUUUUGCCCAACAUCACUUUGGGCUAUCAGAUCUUUCAUACCUGUUUUACCAUCUCCAAAUCACUGGAGGCAGCUUUGCUAUUUCUUACAGGGCAGGAAGAAAGCAGGCCCAAUUUUAGGAACAGCACUGGAGCAUCUUUGGGAGGAAUUGUUGGAGCAGGUAGAUCAUCCUUAUCAGUUGCUGCUUCAAGAAUUCUAGGGUUAUAUUAUUUGCCUCAGGUGGGCUAUGCCUCUACUUGCGUGAUUCUUAGUGACAAAUACCAGUUUCCAUCUUAUCUUCGUGUAAUAGCCAGUGAUAAGAUCCAGUCGAAGGUCAUGGUAAAACUUAUCCAACACUUUCACUGGGUCUGGGUAGGCCCUAUAGCAGCUGAUGAUGAUUAUGAAAAAUACGGAGUAAAAACUUUUAAGGAAAAUAUGGAGAAUGCCAACCUCUGUAUUGCAUUGUCUGAAAUCAUUUCCAAAGUCUAUUCCAAUGAGAAAAUGCAAAAAGCUGUUGAUGCUGUAAAGACAUUCAUUGUGCUUUAUGCAUCUGAUAUUGACCUCAGUCCUUUUUUGCUGGAAAUGGUUUACCAUAACAUAACUGACAGAACAUGGAUAGCGAGUGAAGCGUGGAUUACCUCAGCCCUCAUUGCAAAGCCUGAAUAUUUUCCGUAUUUUGGUGGAAAUGGAUUUGCAAUACUAAGAGCUGAUAUACCAGGAUUAAGGGAAUUUCUUUAUGAUGUGCAUCCUAGCAAGGAUCCACAUGAUGUCCUGACCAUUGAAUUCUGGCAAAUGGCUUUUAACUGUACUUGGCCAAAUGGUAGUGUUCCAUACAAUAUUGACCAUAGAGUGAAUAUGGUUGGUAAAGAAGACAGAUUACAUGCCAUGUCUGAUACAUUCUUUACUGGAGAGGUGAAGUUGGAGGAUCUUAAAAAUACCUAUCUGGAUGUGGCUCAGCUAAGAAUUAUGAACAAUGUCAAACAAGCUGUGUAUUCUAUGGCUUAUGCUCUGGACCAUUUAAGUAGAUGUGAAGAAGGUCAUGGGCCAUAUACGCCAGGAAACAUCUGUGCAUAUAUACCUGACUUUGAGCCUUGGCAGCUUCCCCAUUCAGUGUGUACUGAUGCAUGUGCUCCUGGGACUCGGAAGGGGAUUCGUCAGGGGGAACCAAUAUGCUGCUUUGACUCCAUCCCAUGUGCUGAUGGACUUGUGUCACAGAAACCAGGUCAAAGGGAGUGUGAACGAUGUGAUGAAAACUAUUGGUCAAAUGCACAAAAGAGCAAGUGUGUGCUGAAACAGGUGGAAUACCUUGCUUAUGAUGAGGCCUUGGGAUUGACGUUUGUCAUUCUUUCUGUCUUUGGGGCAUCUGUGGUCUUGGCAAUCACAACUGUGUACGUGAUACACAGGCACACUCCCCUGGUGAACGCCAAUGACCAGCAGCUGAGUUUUCUCAUUCAGUUUUCUCUGAUCAUCAUGCUGCUGUCGUCCAUGCUUUUCAUUGGCAAGCCACACAAUUGGUCCUGCAUAGCCCGCCAGGUCACUCUGGCACUGGGCUUUUCUCUUUGCCUGUCUUGCAUUCUUGGAAAGACUAUUUCACUGUUUUUAGCCUACAGAAUUUCCAAAUCUAAAACUCGACUUACAUCCAUGCACCCGCUUUAUCGGAUAAUCACUGUGCUAUCUGUUUUACUUGAGAUUGACAUAUGUACAGCCUACUUGGUACUGGAACCUCCCAGGGUAUACAAGAACAUGGAACCUCAAAAUGCAAAGAUCAUUCUGGGAUGCAAUGAAGGUUCCAUAGAGUUUUUGUGCUCGAUGUUUGGGAUUGAUGUCUUCCUAACCUCGCUAUGCUUUCUUACAACUUUUGUGACUCGCCAGUUGCCAGAUAAUUACUAUGAAGGAAAAUGCGUCACCUUUGGGAUGCUCGUCUUUUUCAUCACCUGGAUCUCUUUUGUCCCUGCUUAUUUGAGCACCAAAGGCAAGUUCAAAGUGGCUGUCGGCAUAUUUGCAAUCUUGGCAUUCAGCUAUGGUUUGUUGGAUUGUAUAUUUGCUUCUAAGUGCUUCAUUGUUUUGCUGAGGCCACAGAGGAACACCGAUGAAAUUGUUGGUGGAAGAGUCUCUGCCACAGAUAAGAGCAUCCAACUGACUUCAGCUUCUGUGAGCAGUGAGCUUAACAAUACCACAGUGUCAAUUGUUCUGGAUGACUGGAGUUGUGAUUUACAUGUGUCCUUCGAAGCUGCAACGAUGAUGUGGUUCAACAUUCCCUUUCAGGUUGCUCCUAUAGCAGCUGCCUAA